CCCACCGAUCGCUGGGGGGGCCCCCCCGAGGAGCCCCCCCGGAGGGGCCCCCCGUGCCUGGAGUGCCGGGGACGGGGGGCCGGGGGGGGACACCCCCCGCUGCUGACGGUGGAGCCCCCGAGCGACAGCUCCGCCGACCUGAGUGACCGCUCGGACCGCGGCUCCAUCAACCGGGGGGGCCCCUACGAGCCCGAGGGCACCGGGGGGGGCACCUUACCCCGCUCCGGGCCCCCCCACCGCUGCUUCCACCCCGAGGG